AUUCCAAAUGCAAUCAUUAUUAUAUCAAAACCAGGUUUGUACAUGGUAAGAGCAACUAAGUAUACCAGCAAUAAAUAUUAUAUUUCUACAUUUGAAAUAGUGAAAUAUCCUUCAAAAUUCAAAAUCUGGUACUAAAAACAAACCUUUUUGAGUGGUGAUACAAUUUUUCACACUUUUUAACAUUACACUCCCAAACAAGCAAUGCAUCAUCCUCUCCACCCUACAUCUUCCCUUUUCCUCCUCCUCUUCCUCCACCUCCUGACCCCAUCAUCCUCGGAAUGCCGGUCGCAAUGCGGCACGAUCCCGAUACACUACCCCUUGAGCAUCGACGACGGGUGCGGUGCGCCACAGUUCCGCAACAUGUUCACAUGCAACACCUCGUCCACUUCCCUCUUCUUCGUCACACCAAAUGGCAACUACAAAGUUGAGUCCGUAGACUACAAGUCACAAACUCUUACGGUUUACGACCCGGAUAUGUCUACAUGUACCGUACUACAACCUCAUCAUGACGUCCGUCUUACUGAUAUUCAGUAUGCUAUUAUCCCUCCUUCACCCGAUACCGUGUUUGCUUUACUGAACUGCUCCAUUGAUUCUCCAAUUCUUCAUCGGUUUAGCUCUCUUUGUUUCGAGUUUGCUGGUCAUAAGUGUCAGGAGUUGUACUCUUCUUGUAAUUCGUUUCGUAUUUUUACUACUGCUGGGUUGGUUAACCCUGGUGCAAGUAAUAAUACCGGUCCUGCAGGGUACUUUUAUGGUGGUGCUGGGAAUAAUAAUAAUAAUACUGGCUUUGGUGGCAGUGGCGGCGGCUACGGUGGUGGUGGUGGUAAUAUGGGACCAGGAGCGGGAGUGGGUGUGGGAACUGGGGUUGGGGCGGGGCCGGGGGUGGGGAAAACUGAGAUGGAGGGAGAACCAGGGGCACCGGUUGGGGAAGGUGGGAUGGGGGCGGGACCGGAAGUAGGGACGGGAGCAACAAUAAUUGGAGGAGGCGGGAUGGGAGCCGGACCGGGGGCACCCAUUGGGGGAGCUGGGAUGGGGGCGGGACCGGGGACACCAAUAGGGGGAGGUGGGAUGGGGACGGGGACAGGGGCGGGAGCACCAAUUGGGGGAGGAGGGAUGGGGGUAGGGACAGGGACGGGGGCACCAGCGGGGGGAAAUGGGGUGCCCCCGCCCCCAUGUUGUUUUACAGGGUAUAGUACCCUAAAGGUGAUGAGUAUGGAUAUACUAGACUGUACGCAUUUUACAAGUUUUUAUGACGUGGAUAAAUUAAAGGGAGCGUCGCCUAUGGAUUGGUCAUAUGGGUUGAAAUUUAGUUACAGUGUGCCGGAUAUGGGGUGUGAAAGGUGUACAAAAUCUGGAGGGAACUGUGGGUUUGAUGUUGAAACUGAAGCCUUGCUCUGCCUUUGCCCUGAUUCUAACAACUCUACUAGACAAUGUGGUAACGAUACGGGUGCUGCUGGUAGUAGUUGGGCGCCAUCAAUCAUACUUCAGGCGAUAAUUAUGUGCUUGGGAGUCCUACUCCUCUGCUGAUGCCCUGUAUCAAAUACGGAGUAUGCAACAACUCAUUAUGCACCUAUGCUGUUCACGGUAACAGUUUGGAUCACUAGGUGGGAUUCGGAUUGGGUCGAGUUGGGUUCAAGCUGUGCCCGUGCAAAGCAAAUUCUUGAUCGCGUCACUUUUGGGCAAGGUUAGGUAUAAGUUGGGUUGAUUCAGUUUUGACAACUCUUUGUAAAUGCUGGGCAUAAGAAAGUUCCUAUGUAACGUAAGCAAUUUUGUUCUUAGUAAAAUAUAACUACUGUGUACUUCUCUAAACAUAAAUUUGUUAGUAUUUCGGGGUGUUUCAAGACAGUCAUUGCUUCUUUUAUAGUUAGGAAAGAAACUAAGCUAGAUUUGUCACCAAUGUAAACCAGACUAAUUCAUAAUUUCGGAUGAUAGUAGUAUGUAACUUUUACAUUUUU